UUUGGAACCUCUCGACAUUUGCACUGUCACACUGGCCGAUAACGAAAACAUCGAGGCAACGGCUACACUUCAUUCAUCACUUAAGUCUGGCAGCACUGCUUUGUGUUUCGACGGAAAAGAGAAAUUUGUGGUUUCCGAGGAAUUUGGAGCAAUAUCUCACGGUUCCAUCGCUAAAGUCCAGAAAUAUAGCAUAAACGAAGACUCCGAGUACUUAGAAGGAUGGCUCAGGAAGGUCAGGAUAUACCCACAUUCAAGUGCGUGCUAGUCGGCGAUGGCGGCACCGGCAAGACCACCUUCGUCAAGCGCCACAUGACCGGUGAGUUCGAGAAGAAGUACGUGGCCACACUGGGCGUGGAGGUGCAUCCGUUGAUCUUCCAUACCAAUCGUGGCGCCAUCCGUUUCAACGUGUGGGACACCGCUGGCCAGGAGAAGUUCGGCGGCCUGCGCGAUGGCUACUACAUUCAGGGCCAGUGUGCCGUCAUCAUGUUCGAUGUUACCUCGCGUGUCACGUACAAGAACGUGCCCAACUGGCAUCGCGAUCUGGUCCGCGUCUGCGAGAACAUACCAAUCGUCCUCUGUGGCAACAAAGUCGAUAUCAAGGACCGCAAGGUGAAAGCGAAGAGCAUCGUCUUCCACCGAAAGAAGAACUUGCAGUAUUACGAUAUUUCUGCCAAAUCGAACUACAACUUCGAGAAACCAUUCCUCUGGCUGGCGCGCAAGCUGGUUGGUGAUCCCAACCUGGAGUUUGUCGCCAUGCCAGCCCUGCUGCCGCCCGAGGUCAAGAUGGAUAAGGAUUGGCAGGCGCAGAUCGAGCGCGACUUGCAGGAGGCCCAGGCGACCGCACUGCCCGACGAGGACGAGGAGCUAUAAGCCUAUUUGUAGUUAACUUAGAGCGAAAUCCGGCUUGCACGAACACCACACACAUACACACACUCAGAACACAACACCAAACCACACCGAACACACAACACACAACACACUGCAUCAAGGGGAGAUGAAGGAACCGGUACGGAGCAGAAUGUAUCAUUAGCAGUUGUGUUCUACUGGUUACACCAUUGAGUUUACCAGCCCGUUUAUGUUCUUCAAUCGAUCAAUGGAGAACAAGCAGCUCUUAUGACGUCGAUUGUAUUUAAAAUUUAGGUUUCCAAUCCAUUAAUAAGUUGGUUAUAAUUGA